AUGAAUGUCUACAAAGAAGAAGCAACAACAACAACAAAAGCCACCACAAAAAAACAACCAAAACAACAACAACAAGAAACCAUUGAAAAGAAUGAAGAUGAUAAACCAUUAAACAAUGAUCAAGUAUUGGCAAUAUUCUAUAAAAAGGUUUUAUCUUGGGAUGCCUCUAGAAUUCAUAGAAUGACUGAGAGACUCAGACCUGUAAGGGCAACAUUUACCGAUAAAAAUGAUUAUAUUCAAACAUUUGAACCAUUGAUUUUGGAAGAAUGUAGAGCACAAUUGGAAAGAGCUAUCCACGAAGAAAAUGAACAAGUUUCAACACCAACAAUUAGUAGAGUUAGAUAUAUUUCAGAGAAUAAUGAUUAUUUGGAAGUUGGAUUAACAUUUGCAGCAGAGGCUGAUGCUUUUCAAUUUCACGAGAAUGAUUUGAUGAUGGUAUCACUUCAUCACCCAAUGUUGAUUUUUGGUGGUAGUUUGGAAGAUGAAAUGACAGAUAGCGAGUAUGAAGAUGAGGAUGAAGAUGGAAAUCCAAUCACUAUUACACCAAAGGCACCAGUGGUACCAGAAGAGGAUCCAAACAAAGUGGUCAUGACUGAUGAUUUAUUAAAGAAAAAGAAAAGGGUGAUUCCACUAUCUAGAACACCAGUCACUGAAGAAAACAAAUAUCUCCAUCUCAUUGGUACAGUCGAACAAUUUGAAACUGGUGGCAUCAAAGUAAAGUUUUGUUUAAAAAAUAUCCACGACGAUCGUGGUAGACAAAUGAAUCUUUUGUUGCGUUAUGAAAUGGAUUGGUGGACUACUAAAUUAUGUAAUCUUUCAACUAUUCAAAGAGAAUUCCUUGCCCUCUACUUAACCUCAAAUACAAGUUUUAUGAAAACUUUAUUAUUAACUGAUGAUCAGGAAAAUGGAGCAUCAAUGAAAAUUCCACCAAUAUUGUAUGAUAAAUUUAAACAAGCAUUUAAUUCAUCACAAUUUAGUGCUUUGGAGGCUGCAUUGGAAGGUAAAAACAUUACAUUGAUUCAAGGUCCACCAGGAACUGGUAAAACUCAUGUAAUUCUUGGUUUAAUCAGUGUAUUAUUACAUAGUACCGAAAUACCAAAAGAAACUGAACAAUUUGUAAAUCAACUUUCAAUUCAAUCAUCUCAAAUUAUGGAUCAUGAAAAAGAAAAAUGGUGGAAUAUAGCACAACCUUGGUUUAAUGAACAAGUAAAACAUAAAAGAGAUAAUUUUGAUUUAAUUGAUUAUACAUUUGAAGAAAAGGAAGAAAAGAGAAAGAGAGAUUUAUGGAGAAAGUUGAGAGAGACUGGUAGUAUUAGAGAGCCACCAAGAAAGAGAAGAAUUUUAUUGUGUGCACCAAGUAAUGGUGCUGUCGAUGAAAUUGUUGGACGUCUUAUUAGAGACGGUUGUUUGAACCACGAGGGUAAAAAGUAUCAACCAAACAUUGUGCGUGUUGGUCCAGGUUCACAAAUGGAUGUCGAGCGAGUUACAUUGGAAUAUAUGGUACGUUGUCGUCAACAAUUGAUGAACAGCAACACUGCCAUGCCAUCGUCAUCGGCUGCCACUGCUGCUGCCACUACCUCGAGUAAGGGAAAUAUGGACACCAAUUCAAUCCGUUCAAUCAUCUUGGACGAUGCCGAAAUUAUCGCCACUACCCUUUCAUUUAGUGGUAGCUCACUCUUGACCAAGAUGAAUGGAUUCGAUAUUGUUAUUAUCGAUGAAGCUGCACAGGCUGUUGAAACAUCUACCCUUGUACCCAUCCAACACAAGUGCAAAAAGAUUAUUCUUGUCGGUGAUCCCAAACAAUUGCCAGCUACCAUCAUUUCACCAAUUGCCAUCAAAUACAAAUACGAUCAAUCACUUUUCCAACGUCUCCAAGAAAAGUGUCCACCACUUAUGCUCACCACCCAGUAUCGUAUGCAUUCUACCAUUCGUCAAUUCCCUUCACGUCACUUUUACAAUGACCUCUUGGAGGAUGGUCCCAACAUUGCAGAUCGUGCCACAAACUAUCACGGAAACUCAUUCUUUGGUCCACUUGUUUUCUACGAUCUGCCAUUUGCUCGUGAAAUCAAACAUGGCGGUGGUUCUGUAUUCAACGAGGAUGAAUGUUUCAUGGCCAUUUAUCUCUAUCAACUUAUCCUCAGAACCUACCCAGAACAAGAUUUUACUGGUCGUAUUGGUAUCAUUUCUCCCUAUCGUCAACAAGUUCUCACUUUGCGUGAAUUCUUUAAAAAUUGUCCAGGCAUCUCAAUCGAUACAGUCGAUGGUUUCCAAGGUCGAGAACGUGAAAUUAUUAUAUUCUCUUGUGUAAGAGCCUCUGAUCAAGAGGGUGCAGGAAUUGGUUUUUUGGCUGAUGUUCGUCGUAUGAAUGUAGCCCUUACCCGUCCUCGUUCUUCUCUAUUGGUUAUUGGUAAUGCUAAAACUUUAUCAAUUAAUAAGGAUUGGAAUGAAUUAAUUAAACAUUGUCAAUCAAAUAAUUGUCUUGUACCAAUUCAAUGUGAAUCAAGAGAUAAAUUAGAAGCAUGUGUCAAUUCAUUUGUAGAUAAAGGAAAAUUUGCCGAAUUGAGUGAAAUUGGAAAUAAUCUUGUCAUUGGCGAUGCAGUAGAUCUUGAAGCAAUAGAAAAGAAAAAACAAGAAGAAAACAAAAACAAGAGAAAGAAGCGUAGUCAAGGACAAAGAUCAAAGGGUUCAAAGACUAAUGCUACCACCACCACCUCUGUUAUCUCAACUCCAGAUACUUCAACCAAAGUUAGUUAA